AUGAGACUCCUAUGAGAAGAAGACAUUUGCAGCGUAGGCAUGUUUGGUCAAAAAGCAGAAGUUCUUGAGUAACCAUCAGAUCCUCUUUUGUUAUCAGCAAACAGGUGAUGCUUGAAGGCAAACCCCCUGCAACCUCUGCUGCUUAAUAGGUUACUCAGUAAGGCCACCUGAACAGAAUUUAUAAAGACUACUGACAGCCACGUGAGAACAUUCUAUCCUAUACUUCUCACAACAUUACCAAGACCUUUUUAUCAAGGCUAAAAAAUGAGGUCGCUGACAGUUUCUUUUUUCCUGGCAUCCUGCUUCCUGAGCUCACAAAGUAUAAAGGUUACGGAAAGUGGGUUUAGCUUUACGCUGGAGGCCGUAAAGAUUCUGAAGAAGUUGAUGGAAGAUCUUGGAAAUGAAAAUCCCGAUCUUACUGCAAUCACUCAAAUGCCUCUCUGUAUCAACCCAGAUCUCCCAGAAGAGUUCCUGGAAGCGUGCAAGCAAGAUGAUCAUGGCAGAAUCUUUGCAAAUCUGGUUCAAAUCAUCACACCUCCAGACCCAUGUGAGAUCUGUGCCAACGCUGCCUGCACUGGAUGUGUGUUCAAUAAGAUCUAACUCACCAGCUCUCCAUGAUGCAUGCUUUCAUCUUGUUCUGCUUUUUUCUUUGUUUGGUUUCUUGUGGGAGGGGCAAAAAGAGUCUUUUUCCUAUAUCACCCCCUGAUGUUUAUAAAGUACACUUAGUCUUAUUUUAUAUUGCGUUUUUGCAAAACUUUGGGUUUGGGUAUUUAAAAUACAUUAUAUGACCAAAAGAUUUUGGACACCUGACCAUCACACCAAUAUGUGGGCCAAUAUGUCCCCAAACUGUUGCCAGAAAGUUGGAAGCACACAGUUGAAUAGGAUGUCUAUAUAUGCUGUAAGAUUACAAUUUUCCUUCGCUGGAACUAAGUGGCCCAAAUCUGUUCCAGCAUGACAAUAAGGCUGUGCACAGAGCAAGGUCCAUGAAGUCAUAGUUUGCUAAGUUUGGAGGGGAAGAACUCAAGUGGCCUGCACAGAGCCCUGACCUCAACCCCACUGAACACCUUUGAGAUGAACUCAAGGCCUGACUGCAACUGACUGUACCCCAGGCCUCCUCACCCAACAUCAGUGCCUGACUUCACUAAUGCUCUACUGGCUGAAUGGACAAAUCCCCACAGCCAAGCUCCAUAAUCUAUGGGAAAGCCUUCCCAGAAGAGUGGAGAAAUUCACUUAGUGUGAUGGUCUGGUAUCUACAAACUUUUGGCCAUAUUGUGUAUAUAUUUACUUUUAUUACGGUAUCAUUUUUAUACUGCUUUAUAUAAUUUUCUGUUUUCUGACUUCUGUAUGCAAUGUUUUUCACAUUUGCCAGUUUCCAGUUAAUGCUUAUUCCUCGAUUAAUCUUUAGUCAGAAGUUUGUCCAGAAUAGUUAUAUAAUGAUAAUGACAAACUUGAUCAUUGUUGUUUAUGCUUUUCACUGUACCAUAAUGAUUAUUUUGGCUUUAUGCCAUAUAAAUUGAGUACUAUGGUAUCUACUUAUAAAAGCAGUCAGUGGUGAGCUGCAUUUACAACUAAUAUUUUUUCAAUCGAGGUCAAUAACAUGGUUGCUCAUCUUAUAACACAAGGAUUUCAAACUGAAGAGUAAGUCUGAAAUAGUGUGUUAACCUUUUGUCAACAAUCACUUUUAGUGUAGGGGCUCUAUUUUAUAUUAGUCUUGUUUAGAACUCUAAAGAUUGUCAUUUCACAAAAUAUGAAUCCAUGCUAAAGGCAUUAGGACAUUAAGGACUUGCUAUUGAUUAACUUUUUAGUUAUAAUUUAUCUUCAAUUUAUAAUUUAUGUGCUUUCAAACUGACAACCUUAGUCAGUAAUUACAAUAUCAGUGACAAAAUGCAAAAUUUAAAAAAGAAUGAGAGAAAUUAUUCUUUUUUGUUCCAUUAAACAUACACAUUGAUUAUUGUAAGAGACACUUAUAUUAUACUCUAUAUUUAAAAUUAUUUUACUUUACAUAUAUAUUUGUAAAUGAAAUCAGUGGGACACAAAUGGCACCCCAAUCGUGGAAUCAUCCUUAAGCAAAUUGCUUUAUAUCUUCAUAAUUAGUAUAUAGAACCUAUAAAGUAAAUAGAUAAAACAAUAGAUAAGUAAAUAGAUAAAUAGAUAAGUAAAUAGAUAAACACUGGGCGAAAACAUCCCUAAGUAUUAAAGUCCACAUGCAAGAGCUCUAUGCUGUGCCCUGAAAUGCUACAUUCUGCCAUAAAUACACGUUUCCGCAUCAGUAUUAGCACGAGAGGUGCUGGCUUAAUCACUACUAAAUACAAUGUUAAGAAAGAAAAAAAAAGCACUGAAAUUAUACCCGUUUGUAGUACAAAUCACCUCUGAGUGUAAAUCACCUCUAUAAUCCCUUAAAAAUAGCAAGUGAUACUGUCUCCACUUUGUGCUUGAGUUUGAUUUAACCAUAGUCACAGAGAGCAAUUCACAUACAUCCAAUCAUGAGCUGUAUAACUGGAGUGCUCAUUUAAAAUUGUGAAGUUUUUUGCUAUAGGUAUUUUUUCCUGCCAUCGUGCACAGUUAUCAGGACUCCGUGUCUAACUAAUAUUUGCUCAUUUUGAUGAUAUUUCUAUCUGAGGUGACAUGAAAUUGAGAUAGGAUAUGAGUGAGCAGUUGGGCAUCCUAACAGUGGCAGCUUGGUGGUGCUGGGGUUUUAACUCCUGAUCUUUCUGAUCAAUAGCCUAAAGCCAUAACCGCUGAGCUGCCACCACCCCAGUCCCAUUUUGGUUAGUGAGGUUAGAUUUAGGUGUAGGCAUUGCAUUAAUUAGCUGCAUAAAUAAUUAUGUCAGUGUAAGGUCUUCAUUAGGAUAGUACAACAAACGUGUGUGUGUGUGCGUGUGUGUGUAUGUGUAAGAAAUAGAGAGAAAGACUACUGUACUUAAAUCAAUAAUGAGCAAUAGAAAUGUCUCAUGAAUAAAUUGUAAGGCACUUAUAGUAUGAAAAAUAAUUAUUUUGAUAUAUUGUUAUAUAUUUGCAUGGUGGUGCAGUAGGUAGCGUUGUUGCCUCACAGCUCGAGGGUCCAGAUUCGAUCCUGAGCUCUGUCACUCUGUCAAGACACUGUCUUGUGGUUUCUGUGAAUGUUAUCUCUGUAUGUGUGCAUGGUGCACUGUGAUGGACUGGUGUGUAUUCCGUCUCAAGCGCAGUACUUGUUUCUGGGAUUGGCCCCAGAUCCACUGUGACCCUGACCAGGAUAAAGCAAUUACUGAAAGUGAGUGAGUGAGUGUUAUAUAUUUUCUUGUAGUGUAAUUUCUUAGGUUUAUAUAGACUUGUGUAUUUUUGGUCCCUUGAGGACUAGUGUUUAGGCCACAGUGCUCUCACCGCUGUGGCCCGGGUUCGAUUCCCAGCCAGGGAACCAACCACAGCCACUGGGGCUGCACUCCCGGUCCCAAGCCCGGAUAAAAUUGGGGAAGGUUGUAUCGGGAAGAGCAUCCAGUGUAAAAACUGUGGAAAGAAAAAAGAACAACAUAUAGACUUUUGUAUUUUAUACUACGUUUUAGAUGAGCUUUAGAUCUUUUAGUUCCCUUACAAAGCACAGUACCCAGCUGCCCAGAAAACAUUAAAUCACAAACUUUAACUAAUGUUUUUGUAGGACUGAAAAAGAGUACGUUGCUAUUAAAUCAUAAAUGAUCCACUAGAUGGCGACAUUUACUGAAAGAAAAAUUUGAACGACCAACCCAAACGAAUAGUUAGGAUUCACGUCUGUUUUUCACUCAUUCAUUCAUUCAGUAGGUCAGUCAAUCAGUCAGUCAUUUUUUUUUUUUAAUUCAACCGCUUUAUCCUGGUCAGGGUCGCAGUCAUCUGUUAUUCAAAUACUGAAUUAUGAACAAGCGCUAUGUGGGUGUGUAUUUUUAUUUACACUGAAAUGAGAAUUUGGAAUUGGAAUCUAUUAUUGUAUAUGCACAGUAUUGAUGUUUUACAGGGCAUUUACUAACAUUAAAGGUAUCCCCGGAGAUAA